ACGCUUCCAUUACUAUGGAACGAAGAGAGUAGUAAAUACGGUAUAGUUACAACUUACAAGUCUAUGAGGCAGAAAUAAAACACAUUUAAUUUCACAGAAUCUGAUGCACAAAUGUUAAUAACUCCCACACAUUUAUAACUCCUAAACUCAGAAUCUCGAAUUUCUCACUUCUCCCCCUUAGCUCCUUCCAUGGCUUCCACCUCUCUCAAAUCCCUCAUCCUCUUCCUCUCCAUCUCCACAAUAUCCGGUCUCAACCCCAACUCCACACACCUCAACAACCUUUGCCAAUCCUCGCCAUACCCAAACGCCUGCUUCGAAUCCCUCAAGCUCUCCCUCUCCAUCAACAUCUCCCCCACCAUCCUCUCCCUCCUCCUCCAAUCCCUCUCCGCCGCCCUCUCCCAAGGCGCCCACCUCUCCUCCCUCCUCUCCGCCGCCACCCUCGUCGAGAAACAGCGCGGCGCCAUCCAAGACUGCCGCGAGCUCCACCAGAUCACAUUGUCCUCUUUGAGAAAAUCCAUCUCCCGAUUGCCCGCCGAUUCCUCCACCAAACUAGCCGACGCCCGGGCCUUCCUCAGCGCCGCCAUGACCAACACCGUCACGUGCCUGGACGGGCUGGAGUCCGCCUCCGGCCCGCUUAAAGCGCCGCUGCUCAAGUCCCUCUCCAGCAUCGAUAUGCAAGUUAGAAACUCGCUGUCGAUGCUGGGAGGAAGGCAGAGCAGCGGCGGCGGGAACAGGAGGAGGCUUCUCGCCUUCCCGCAGUGGAUGUCAAGGAAGGCGAGGCGGAUCCUGGAAGGCGACGAGGACGAGUACGAUCCGGGCCAGGUGCUGACGGUGGCGGCGGACGGGACGGGGAAUUUCACCACGAUUAGCCAGGCGAUCAGUUUUUCACCGAAUAACAGCAUCGACAGAGUGAUAAUAUAUGUCAGAGAGGGAGUUUAUCGAGAAAACGUCGAGAUUCCGAGCUGGAAGCCCAACAUCGUCCUGCUCGGAGAUGGCAGCGACGUCACUGUCAUAACCGGCAGCAGAAGCGUGGCCGAUGGAUGGACUACGUUCAGAUCUGCUACAAUGGCGGUGUCUGGGGAGGGAUUUCUUGCACGUGGCAUAACAAUCGAGAACACGGCGGGGCCCGAGAAGCACCAGGCGGUGGCGCUUCGCGUGAACGCGGACCUGGCCGCGGUGUACAGGUGCGUGAUAGCGGGCUUCCAGGACACGCUGUACGUGCACUCGUUCCGGCAGUUCUACCGCGAGUGCGACGUGUACGGGACGAUCGACUACGUGUUCGGGAACGCGGCAGUGGUGUUCCAAGGGUGCAACAUCGUGUCGCAGCUGCCGAUGCCGGGGCAGUUCACGGUCAUCACGGCCCAGUCGCGCGAGAGCCCGGACGAGGACACUGGGAUCUCGAUGCAGAAUUGCUCAAUUUUGGCGACGGAGGAUCUGUACUCGAGCCGUGGCUCGGUGAGGAGCUAUCUCGGGCGGCCGUGGCGGAAUUACUCAAGGGCGGUGUUUCUUGAGUCGUAUAUUGAUGAGUUUAUUGCUGCGGAGGGGUGGACUAAUUGGGAUGGGGACCAGGGACUUGACACCUUGUAUUAUGGUGAGUAUGAGAACUAUGGCCCGGGCUCGGCCACGGAUGGCCGGGUUUCAUGGCCGGGGUUCCAUGUCAUGGGGUACGAAGAGGCCUCGGAAUUUACGGUAUCGUCGUUUAUUACUGGACAGGAGUGGCUGGAUUCCACUUCGUUUCCUUAUGAUGAUCAGGUCUGAUUGACAAUAAAUUUUUACUAAAUUGAAGCAUGAAUGUGAACAACGCGAUCUACUAUUAAUAUCAACAAUCAUGUUCACAAAGUUGUAAUCAACACGAGUAUUUUUGUAUUCACCCCGUCCAUGAAUAAAUGUCUUAUAGUUGGCGCAUUCGGAUUUUAA